AUGGCUAGUGUUCAAGCUCCAAAUUUAGAGAGCAGCAUGAACCGUGACACAGAACGAGAAGAUAUUUCGAUGACGAGCGUGGACGACGCGAAAAGUAGGACCGAGCUACCAAUUGCGCCGAAGAAAGGUUGCGAUAUCACAACCAAAGCUAUCAAGAAUCCUUCAUUUUCAUACGCCUAUUUAGAGUACAUUUCAGAUGGCCAACCGACGUCUGAUCUUGACAUACUCACUGUUCGAUCACAUCUCACAUCCGGCUUAAAUCAAUUUCUGGGGCUUACUGGCGCUGCCAUAUCAGUCGAUAUUCUCAAGGUGGACCAAAAAGGCUGCUGGAUUCGUGUGCCAAGAGAAGACUCGAGGGCCGUCAUCGCCGCGAUGGGGCAAUGGAUUGGGACGGGUGAAGGCAAUUCAAAGGUGGCAUGGAAGUUGAAGGCCAGCGGCAACUGGUUAGGGUCUCUGGUUGCCUCUCAAGGGAUUCAAGAUACGUGGGCAACAUGA